AUGAAUCUCUCAGCACUGAAUUUCGAUGUUUUGUACUCGAUUUCCCAACACCUUGACGCUUUUUCGAUUUGCAAUUUGGCCUCAACGAGCUCUCAUUUUCACAAUAUUCUCACAAAGUCUCGAUACCUUCAAAAAGCCUCUCAAUCAAAGCUUCAUUUAACUUUUCGGAGUCAGCAUGUCACCGUCUGCCUAGAUAAACACUGUUUUUGCUUCUGCAUACCAAAAAACUACGUCGAAUUAACGGAAAAAGAUUGGACAUAUUGUUGUUCUCUUCAUAUCGAUUCAGAAGAUCGAAAAAUCUUGCCUUCGAAUGAUUACAUUUAUUCAGCUUUAAAAUUUAUUACAAAGCUUUUAAGAACUCCUUGCUUUCAAGUGGUUGAAGUUGAAAUCAUCGAACAUCCUUGGUUUAUCACAACGGAGUUCGAAGAGCGAUUCUUUCAAGAAAACAGCAAUAUGAAUUCGAUUUCACUUCUAUUGAAUGAACUUUCGAAUUCGAUUUCUCAGCCAAUACUCGCAAAAUCUGAUCCAACUUGUGAGGAAAUGUUCGGAGCGGCGAAUAAUUUUCGAGGCUACUUUCGAGCGAUUCACCGCCGACUCUUACAGAGCUUUGGCUUUCAAAAUGCAAUCUGGAUUGUGAAUGAAUUGUUGAGAGAAGGAUGGACUUACAAUGAGAUGAAUGAUUCGAUUCUUUGUGUCUUGUCUGGAGCUCGAAUAAAUCGAUAUCGAGAAUUCGAGACACGAUUGCUGCUACCAGAAUAUUUGAGGCGAAUCUUUUCGACGAGUCGCUGCGAA